AGCCUGUUCGGAUUUUGCUGAGUUGCGUAGAUUGUUGGAUACAGCACACUGCGCGUCCAACUUGGCUGAAACUUCAUUCACUGCGUUAAAUAUUUUAUAAUUUUAAAAAUAGUUUUUAAAUACGUGUAUUUAAAAUAUUACUUCUACUGAAUCCUGAUAUAAUAAUUUGAAGCUCACCUGUGAAGUACGAAAAAAAUCAACUGCAAUGUUGUUUAUUUAGUUCAUAAUUGAUUUAUAAAUAAUUAAGUAUUAAACAAUUAUCACUGCCUUCUAUAAGGUAAUAAUCAAUUGCAACAUGAGAAUCAAUAAUUAUAGUUAGUUUUGAUUUGAAAAUAUUCAAUAAAUUUAAUAAUUCUAGAGUCUUUUUUUUUACCAAUAACGAAACGAGCGGCUUUUGUUUACUCAUAGUAUCAUUUCUUCUAUAACUCGAAUUAAAUAAAUUAAAAAAAAAUAUAAAUAAUAAAAACCAUAAAAAGACAAUUUAAUAAAUGAUGGAACCAAUAAAAACACCAACAAUGCAUGUGAACGAACCCAAAGCCCUUUGUUCUACUCUGUCAUGUACUGGACGUGGAAAUGAUGAAAUAUCAAAAAAGUUAGAAGACGAAUUAUUGUAUGAUGCCGGUGAAGAUGGAGACGAGGAUGAUGCACUUUCAGAUGAUAGUUUACGUUUGAGGCUAUCAGAUGAUGAAGCAGAUGCUGAUGAUGAAAGAACAUCUUGUACUUCCAGUAAUCAUCACAAAUCCUUAAAGACUGAGUCACUUGCUAUUGCAAAUUCAUCCAGUACUGAUGAUCGUUUAAACGGAAUAGAUAAUGCUCAUUACAAGUUGGAUAGCAACCAAGAUGAUAAAAUAUUUAAAUCACUAAGUGAUAGUAAUAGUUUUCCCACUAAACAAGAAAAGCAAGAUAACAAUGAAGAAGAACUCAUUGUAAAGGAAGGUAAAAUUGAACAAUUAGAAGUUGAAGCAGAUAAAAAAAUAGACAUUAAAGUUGAAAAAGAAGGUCAAUUGUCUUUGAAAAAAUUAGAUAAUUCAUCAUCGGUUAAUGGUAUAAAUAUAAAUGAUAAAACUAAUGAGGAUAAUGAAAAAAAUUUAGCAGCUUGUGUUGAUACGCAGGAUGAUAAAUUAAAUGAUGAUAAUAUAACGUCAACAUCAACAUCAUUGUCAUCCUCAACAUUAUCAUCGAAAGCUUCAUCGGUAAUUAAUGAACCGGAUACUGUUGAAUCACGUGAUUGUAUAGUUGACGAUUGUCAAGAAAUAAAUAAUUGCGAUUCGAUAACUUUUGAAGAGGAAGAAUUAGAAAUUGAAGAAGAUAAACAAGAAGAACAAAACGUCAUUGAGGAAUUGGAAGACGAAGUUGAAGAGGAAGUCGAAGAGGAAGAAGUUAUACAUCUAGAACCUGCUGAAAUGGAGACAGAAAAGGCAGCAACUGAUGACAUUAAUUUUGACGAUUCAAAAUACCCUGUUGUGAAUACCGAUGAUAAUUCUGUGAUUAAUCUUGAUAAUGAUGAAAGUAGUAAAAUAAAUAAACCAAGUGAAUCUAAUGCGAAUGAAUUGAAUAAAGAUAGCCGUGUUGAUGAUAAAGUAAACAAUAUUAUUGUUGUCAAACCAUUAACAAAACUAAUGGGCAAUAGUGAACCAGAUACUACUGAAAAACCAACUGGCAAACGUCGUCUGAGUAUUUCGGAUGACGUUUUUGAGAACGCCAAUAAAAAAAUAAAUUGUAUUGAUACUUUGGUUCCAUCUAGUGAAAUGUCAUCGACAACAAUGACUACAGUAGCUACAAAAAAGUUAGAUAAUAAAGAACAAAAUAAUGUUGAAAACGUUGAUGCUGAGGAUGACAAUAUGAAUGUUGAAAUAGUUGAGAUUCAAAAGGAUACUAUUGAAGUUUAUGAUGUUAGCAACAGUGAUAGUGCUCAGAAGACUGUUAAAAAUGGUGAGAUACUGAAUAAUGUCAAUGGUAAUGCAGAUUGUAAUAAACAAGAUGUUGCCAGUGGUAUAGAAACAAAUGACACUGCCAGUAUAGUAACGGAAACGGAAAAAAAUAUAGAAAGAUCUAGCCCUGAACGUCAAAAUGAAGUUCACCCGAAAAGAAAGCUUAGACGUAAGAAAAGGAAAAGUUCACCUGCUAGCAGUACUCUUCAUCAAGGGCAAGAGAAAGAAAAUGUUCGACAAAAACGUGAAACUGCACAAAAAGCUCAGGAAAUGAUUCGUAAAUAUAAUAAUGAAAGUGAUUCAGAAUCUAGUGAACAAUCAUCGUUAAUUCAAUAUAAUAAACCUAAUAGUCAUAAUAAUAGUAAUAAUAAUAAUAGUAGUAAUAAUAAUAAUAUUAAUAAUAGUAAUAAUAAUAAUAAUCAGCACAAUGCACGAUCAACAUCACCACCAGCGUUAAAACGUAACUGUUUUGAUAAAGACGAGACACUUAAUAUCGGUGCUACGUUAAAAAAACCAAAGAGGGAUACGGAUAAUAAUGAUGAUAAAAGUGACAUUAAAAAUAUUACUACACCGGAAAGUAAACACAAAUCUCUGGAACAUGUUAGAAAAUUUUUCUUGAGAGAUUGUAAACAAAAAUUGUCGAAAUUUACACAAGAGGAAUUAGAGGAGUUGUUGGUCCAAAAAAUAGUUGAGACAAUAACGAUGCGUGAUGAAAUCGGUAAAUUACGUGAGCAAGCUAAAAUAUCAGAACGUAAUCAAGAAGCGACGCGUUUAAAAUGUCAACAAUUAGCUAAGCAUGUCAAAGAUUUUGAUAUGGUAUUGAAACGUUAUGAAAAUGAUCGUAGACAACAUGAUAAAACUGAUAAACUCAUAUCGCCAAUAAAAAUUAACAGAUCUGUUGGAUUACAAGUAAAUUUUGUAACGGAUCAUGGACUGCAAAAUUUGCGGCAAUUGAUGCACAGUAAACCAACACCAGGAACAAUUAUUAAUGGCGCGACUAGUUUCCCAAUAAAAACAAAUGAGGAGUCGGUUAAUAAUAUUAAUAGCAAUAUUGGUCCCGUGACUAGAGGAGUCAAGGGAAUUAAAGUACGAUCACCACGUAAGAUUGAUAGUCCUGGAAGUUCACCAAGUGUAUCAACAACAUGUAUAAUACCGAUUACAAGUCAUAUUCAAACUCAGCCGCCCCAAGUUGUUAUACCAACAGCAACAUUACCACCACAACAACAGUUGCAACAGCAUCAACAACAGCAGCAACAGCUUCAACAGCAGCAGCAGCAGCAACAACAGCAACAACAACAACAGCCUAUUCAACAACAUAAACAACAACAGCAACAACCAAUACCUAUUCAUUUAACACACCCUGUCGCAAGCGUAACACCAGCGGCUUUAGUCGUUUCUAAACAAGUCGAUAAUCGGCAUCCAAUAACUUCAACCGCACAAAUUAUUAAUCAUCAAUUACUGCCCAAUCAAACCAUUUCAUUUAAUGGAGUGAUAACAACUACUCAAAAUCCAAUUAAUCGAUCAGCGAAAGUGCUUAAUGUAAGAAGUAAUAAUGUUAAUGAUAACACAUUAAUCGAUCUUACUGGUGAAGAAGAAAAGAAUAAAAAACCACCACCACUGGCUGCAAUCGCACCAACGCCUAAAGAUCCUUCAGCUACAAUUAUGCCUAAAGGCCCAUCUCGUUUCCAGCGAAUAGUUCAAUCGGCACCAGCUAUGACAUUAUCGCAACCUGCCAAUAUUAAAGUCAUACAACCUUCAGACCGGCCUACGCCGACUGCAUUAGUUAAUAAUAUGAAUAUGAAUUCAUCUAAACAAUUAUUCGUCAUGAAAGGAAAUGGUACUGGCCAACAAUUACUUAUAGCUAAUCAUCAGAUUCGGCCAGCGGUUACAACAAAUUCCAGACAAUCUUUUCCUGGAAUUGCCUAUUCAGGUGUACAAACAUUAACAAAUGCUUCAUUACGAGUUGUAACGGCCCCAAAUAAUUUGGUAUCAGCAACAAUAAAAGCUAAACAUCCCGCGCCACUUCCAGCACCAACGCCUUAUGCUUUAACUCCGACAUCAAAACUACCACCUCCAGCACCAUCGUUGAAAAUAUCUAAAGUUCCAACUGGAAUUGUUUUAUCUUGGAACAUGGCACUAUCCGAUAAAUACGCAGACAUUGCAAGUUAUCAGUUAUACGCGUAUCAAGAAGUCAUCGGAAUGGCACCAAGUACAUCCAUGUGGAAAAAAGUUGGUGAUGUUCGGGCAUUAGCCCUGCCGAUGGCUUGUACAUUGACCCAGUUUUCUGAAGGAAACAAUUAUUAUUUCGCUGUUCGAGCUGUUGAUACUUUAUCCAGAUUUGGACUAUACAGUCAACCAGGAAGCAUUUCUCUGUAACUAAUAAGUGAUAAUUAAGUUAAUAUUAAUUGUGUUGAAAUACUUAUAUACUACUAAUAGUAAUAGUGCUAAUAAUAAAAAUAAUAAUUAUAAUAAUAAUAAUGAUAAUGUUUUAUAGCUAAUAUUUGUUUUCAACACAAUUAAUUAAAUUAAGAUAUUAAUUAAGUCCAUAUUAUAAUGAUAUUAUUUAAUAAUCAUCACAUACAUUUAAAAUUUUAUUUACGAAAGUACUGUGGAUUGUGUUCCGGGUAUGUUUUUAUACUCAUACAAUGUAAAUAGAUGGUUGUAAGACUCCAUUUUUUUUUUUUUUUAAUUGAAGUAAUGGGUGAAUGGAAAAUGCAUUCUCUUUUAAUUGAAAACAAAUUAACAAAAAAAAAAAAAAAUUAUUUAUAUUUUUGAAAAACAAACAAAAUUAAAAAAAUCAGGCAUUUUAUUGUUUUGUGCUUAUGUUGCUAUCAACUUUUUUUUGUUCAUAAUUAAAGUACAAUGUAAUUC